UUCGAGCCCCACGGUGGGCGCAUUGUCACUUAACUUUUGCCGCUCUCUCUCCUGUUUAUGCUCAAUACCACUCUUCUGCAAAUCUCUCUCUCUCUCUCUCUCCCUCCUGUUUUUGUUCAAUACCACAAACACGAAGGUAAAUGUUGAAAGGAGUGAAAUCUCUCACGAGUUCCAAGGACGACGACUACAUUUUCUCACUUGUUCAUCUUUUCGAUCCCUCUCUCUCUCUCUAAAAAUAUUUGAUCCAAUUUCUGUGUAAUUGCUGAGAAGUUGGCUUUUAGGGCUCCAAUCUCUGCAACGCCCAAGAUCGCAGUCGAAUGGCCGCUUAUUACGCGGCAUGUAAGCGGGUGGGACAAUUCAGAACCACUUUGAGCAUCAAUUUGGCCCCUCAGAUUAGGUCAUCAUCUCAUCUUGUGAAAUCCAACGGAAAGCGCUUGUUUCUUGUGGACACAUUAGCACUUGUUAGGAGAUUAGAAGCACAAGGUGUGCCCUCGAAGCAAGCUGAGGCUAUAACGGGCGCCAUUACUGAAGUUUUGAAUGAUAGCUUGGAGAAUGUGGCCCAAUCCUUUGUUUCAAAGCCAGAAAUGCAUAAAAUUGAGAUGGUUCAGGAGUCCAAUUUGUCCAAAUUCAAGUCUGAAGUUCAAAUUUCACAGGGACACCACUUCUCUUUGUUGCAACACGAGACUGAAAAACUUCGUAGUGAUAUAGAGAAGAUGCGGAGUGAAUUGAGGUAUGAAAUCGACAAAGUCACUGCUGGGCAGCGUCUAGAUUUGAAUCUUGAAAGAGGGAGAAUACGGGAUGAGUUAGCAAAUCAGAAUCAAGAAACCUCUAACCUUACUAACAAACUUGAUAAAGAAAUUCAUGCAUUAAGGGCUGAGUUAGAAGCAGCAAAAUAUGAAGUGAUAAAGUACUGCAUAGGUACCCUUGUCUCUAUAUCCGCUGUUGGUCUGGCUGUACUCCGCAUUUUGAUGUAAGCUUGUUGUAUCACAAUUAAUGGUGACAUACAAAAAAAAAAAAAAAAAAAAAAAAAAAGAAGAAGAAGAAAUAAAGAACUGUAGUGUAUGUUUUUUGUUGUAAUUUUUGUUGCAAGGAAAUAAAAAAUUAGAAAUGUUGAAUCACAUUGUUGAGGAAGCUUAUUGUAAGAAAGCAAUCAUUGACUCGUUCUGGACCUGGAUCCUUCUAACCCUUUUAUUAGCUACAUUCUUUUCUUUUAGUUUUUGCUUGAUUUAAUUAUACCAUUUGAACUUA